GAGUGCCAUCCUUCUAUUUUCUGCUGGACUUCUUGGACGGGGAGGUUGGUCCUCAGCAUCACGUGGCCAAAGCUAGCAUCCUCGUAGAUGCCAGCAAGCAGCUGGAAAGUGGAGAGAGCCUUCACUAUGGAUCAUCGCGGCUGCAGCCCUGUCUGACCACACCGCCUCCGACUCAUUCUGCUCAAACAACACUCCAAACGCACAGGUUAUGCCACCCCACAGGUUGACUGGAAACCCAACUGUGAAAGAGAAGGGCUGAUCCCCCCACCCCUGAGCUCCCACCGCCGCCGCGCCCCUCACGGUCCCCAUGGCCACAGGAGGCCAUGCCCCCGAGACAGAUGUGUUGAUCAACCUGCAUCAGGUUUUGGCUGAAGAGGAGAGGGAUCCCGCCGAAGUAGAGGAAGAUGAGGACUUGGAGAAGGCUCUGUCUGUGGAGCGCUUUGGGGACAUCAUCUCUGAAUCGGCAGCCAAUGGUGCAGAGAAAAUGGGCCGCAGCUACAACGAGAAAGACUUCGAGUAUCACCGGCACAUGUUCCACCACACCCACCACCCGCUCUCCACCCAUCUCCCCCCGCCCCAGCGCUUCCGCAAGAGGGUGCUCAGCAUGGACCGGAGGCGCAAGAAGAAGCGGAAGAAAAAGAAGACCUCCAUGCCCCCCUCCGAGGUGACGCCCACCAUCCACGAGGUCGACGAGGAGGAGGCGGAGUCCGAGACGGAGGGGCAGGGCCCUGUGACCACACCCACCGAGGCACCAGAGGAUCAGCCACAGUUUAGCUUGGGCAGUGAGGAGGACCUGGCGGCUCCUCUGCCUUCCAGCAGCUUCCACAUGGAGAGCGAGCAGCCCCUGGGUCCCCAGGAGCCCGUGUCCUCCAAGGACGACCCAGAGGAGCAGGAGGAGACGCUGGAGCGACAGGAGGAGGAAGAGGAGGAGGAAGCAACCAGCAGGUUCAGUCCUUCUGUGGAGCCAGCCAGCAUGAGCACGCGGGGCUGGUUCCGCAGGAAGCCUCUGCACCGGCCGCCGGGGGCCCAGCGCACCAGCUAUGACCUGAGGGAGCGCAUCUGCAUCGGCAGCAUGACCGCCAUGGAGACGGCAGUCUACCAGAAGGUGCCCACGGACGAGGCCGAGGCCCAGAUGCUGGCUAGCGCCGACCUGGACGACAUGAAGAGUCACCGAUUUGAGGACAAUCCCGGGGUGAGGCGUCACCUGGUGAAGAAGUCUUCAAGAUGCCAGGUUCCCCGGAGCAGCAACAGCUCGCCUCCUCUCUGCAGUCAGAAGAAGAGGAAGAAGGUAGCCGAGAAGAAGACCCACGAGGUCUUUGUGGAACUUAACGAGCUGAUCACUGACAAGAACCAGGAGAUGCGCUGGAAGGAGACGGCUCGCUGGAUCAAGUUCGAGGAGGACGUGGAGACGGAGACGGACCGCUGGGGCAAACCCCACGUGGCCUCGCUUACAUUCCGCAGUCUCCUGGAGCUCCGCAGAACCAUCACUCACGGUGCCAUACUGCUGGACCUGGAGCAGACCACUCUGCCAGGCGUUGCCCACUUGGUGGUGGAGACCAUGAUCAUCUCGGACCAAAUAAGGGCUGAAGACCGAGCUAAUGUUCUGCGGGCCUUGCUGCUCAAACACAGCCACCCAAACGAUGAAAAAGAGGGCCUUUUCCACCGCAACCAUUCGGUCACCAGCCUGGGCAGCUUCCGAAACCAUAACCACAUGCCGGACACUGCCUUGCCCCUGGUCUCCGAGGACCAUACCGAGAGGCGCGGGAGCAAGGCGCCGGACCACGAUAAAGAGGUGUUUGUCAGCUUAUUUAAAUCGCUCCACCCUCUCCCCGCCGAGAGCCACGCCGCCGCCAGGUCCAUGAAGCUCAUGGCAAAGAUCCCCAAAGAUGCUGAGGCCACUGUGGUCCUCGUGGGCUGCAUGGAGUUCCUCGAACAGCCUGCCAUGGCUUUCGUUCGGCUCAGCGAAUCGGUUCUCCUGGAGUCAGUUCUGGAGGUGCCAGUCCCUGUGCGGUUCUUAUUUGUGCUGCUGGGCCCAAGUCAAUCCAAUAUGGACUACCAUGAGAUUGGACGGUCCUUUUCCACCCUCAUGUCCGACAAGAAUUUCCAUGAAGUAGCCUACUUUGCUGAUGAUCGUCAGGACCUGUUAAAUGGCAUCAAUGAGUUCCUCGACUGCAGUAUCGUGAUUCCCCCCUCAGACGUGGAGGGCAAAGACCUCCUGAAGACUGUGGCCUCCUUCCAGAAGGCCAUGCUUCGUAAGAGGAAAGAGAGGGAGCAGAAGAAGGGUAUGAACGCUGCACCCAGAACUGAGCAAGAUGCUAAAGAACUGAGCACAGAUGAGCAGGAAGAAGAGGAGCUGGAUGUGGACCCGCUCAAGCGCUCUGGGAUUCCAUUCGGAGGCCUGAUCCAUGACAUCCGCCGGCGCUACCCUCACUACAAGAGUGACCUGAAGGACGCUGUGGACACCCAGUGCCUGGCUGCUGUCAUCUUCAUCUACUUUGCUGCCCUGUCACCCACCAUCACUUUUGGGGGUCUACUGGGGGAGAAAACGCAGGGCAUGAUGGGAGUGUCUGAGCUCAUCAUCUCCACGGCAACUGUUGGGAUAUUAUUCUCCCUGUUAGCUGGUCAGCCAUUGCUCAUCAUUGGUUUCUCUGGACCUCUGCUGGUCUUUGAGGAGGCAUUCUAUAAGUUCUGUCAGGCUCAGGGCUUUGAGUACCUCACAGGUCGGGUCUGGAUUGGCUUCUGGCUCAUCUUCAUAGUGCUGGUGAUGGUGGCAGCGGAGGGCAGCUUCCUAGUGCGCUAUAUCUCCCCCUUCACCCAGGAGAUAUUCGCCUUCCUCAUCUCCCUCAUCUUUAUCUACGAAACCUUCGUCAAACUCAGCAAGGUGUUUCAGGAGCACCCUCUGAUGAGAAGCUACCCCUCCGGCCUGCCAGGGGCAAGUGUCUUUGACCCGGACCAUCCAGAGAUCGGGGAGCCCCUGCUCAACCAGCCCAACACUGCACUGCUCUCCCUGGUGCUCAUGCUCGGCACCUUUUUUGUGGCCUUCUUUCUCAGAAAGUUGAGGAACAGCAGAUUCCUGGGAGGGAAGGCAAGAAGAAUCAUCGGAGACUUUGGCAUUCCCAUUUCCAUCCUUUUCUCUGUAAUAGUGGACUACUUCCUCCCUGACACCUACACACAGAAGCUCAACGUGCCCUCGGGUUUCUCGGUCACAUCUCCCGACAAGCGAGGCUGGUUUAUCAGCCCUUUCGGCGACAAGCAGCCCUUCCCCGUCUGGAUGAUGGGAGCCUCGGUGGUGCCUGCCCUGCUCGUCUUCAUCCUCAUCUUCAUGGAGACGCAGAUCACCACGCUCAUAGUAAGCAAGAAGGAGCGGCGGCUGGUGAAGGGCUCCGGCUUCCACCUGGACCUGCUGCUCAUCGUCAUCCUGGGCGCCUUCUGCCCCCUGUUCGGCCUGCCCUGGCUCACCGCCGCCACCGUGCGCUCCGUCACCCACGUCAACGCCCUGACGGUCAUGAGCAAGGCCACGGCUCCCGGGGAGAAGCCCAUGAUCCAGGAGGUCAAAGAGCAGAGGGUGACGGGGAUGUGUGUAGCUAUACUAGUGGGCUUGUCCAUUGUGAUGACGGAUCUGCUGCGUAUUAUUCCCCUGGCUGUGCUGUUUGGUAUCUUCCUCUACAUGGGGGUGACUUCUCUGACUGGUAUCCAGCUAUAUGAGCGCAUCACGCUAAUGGUCACGCCCGCCAAGCACCACCCCGAUCACCUUUAUGUCACCAAGGUGAAGACCUGGAGGAUGAACAUGUUCACCAUCAUCCAGCUGCUAUGCAUCGUGCUGCUGUGGGUGGUGAAGUCCACGGUGGCGUCGCUGGCCUUCCCCUUCAUCCUCAUCAUGACUGUGCCGCUGCGGCGUCUCAUCCUCUCGCGCAUCUUCGAGGAGCGAGAGCUCCAGGCGUUGGACGGCGACGACGACGAGUCACCCAACUUCGACGAGGACGGCCGCGAUGAGUAUAACGAGAUUCACAUGCUUGUUUAGCCACAGACACAGUCACAGUCAUAGUCACAGCCUAAGCAUUCGUGAGCAAGCCUCUUUCCUACCAACACUGACCACUCUGAGCGAGCCACCGAACGAGAACUCUUUCAGUCGUUGCGACUCGGGUAUGUAUAUCUCCUGGAAGUAUGCGACGACUACCAACAAAGCCCGUGGCAACACUCCUACACACAGGGAAGUUGGGUGUGAAUCUUCACAGCUUGUAAUUAGUCUCUGUAUAAAAAAAAACACAGAAGAGAAAAAAAGAAGUACCAUGUUUCACUGUUCCUUUUUUUGCUUAUGUCUUUUUACUUGUUUUACUGUUUGUUUGUUUUUUAAAUAUUUAUUUUGUCCAAAGAAGUGGCCUCUGAAUCUAGAAGUGUUAGAUAUGGACCAUGCACCUUAAACUCCUUACACCAUAGUUCAAACAGACUCUCACUUCUCUCUGGUCAGUGACUAGAUUUGUUUGGAGCUGUGAGUUUGCAGUCAUGGCAAUGUAAACAAAAUACUUAGCUUCUCAAUCAACUCUUGUUUUGUUUGAUUUUGUUUGACCAUAUAUAGGUAAGGCAGUUUGCGAACUGGAACACACUGGACGUGUUUCUAUGUGUGUGUGUGUGUGUGUGUGUUUCUUCAGUUGAGUCUGUUGAAUCAAAAGUCCAGUUGUGCUUUCUUAAGUACUGUAUGCACUGGCCAUAGGGUUCGAAUGUCUCCGUAGCACUUGAAUUUAAUGGUAAUACCAUUGGAAAGGGAUGGACUAGGCCACUCUCCUCUGUGUGCAAUUCCUGUGACGGUAUGCCUUAGUGCAGUUUGGUGGGUUUUAUGCAGUAGUGCUGUGCAUUUCUACUGAGGUCAUUACCUUAGGGUUGACACGAUU